UGCUCUUUUGUGGCUUUGUGGCAAAAUAUUAACAAUAAUCACAAAUUAAUCCGAGAUUUAAAAGCCUCAAAUGUAACAUAGUUGGGAUUCGCGUUAUUUUAAAGAGUUAUUCUGUUUUAUCUCCUUUUUUUGCGCCUAAAUGGAGACGAGUUAAAGCGCCGAGAAGGAGUUAGCAUCAGAAGCUAACGCGGCUAACGACUGAUUCAUUGCUUUUCUCCUAAAGUUUGUGGAUUUUCCCUCAUUUAAACAGUGAUUAUCGGGCAACAUGACGUCUGCAUCCGCGAAGGUGGGGGAGAUCUUCUCUGCAGCUGGAGCAGCUUUCUCUAAACUCGGGGAGCUGACCAUGCAGCUCCACCCAGUGUCUGACUCCAGCCCGGCAGGGGCCAAAUGGACAGAGACGGAGAUCGAGAUGCUGCGUUUGGCCGUGCGACGGUUUGGAGACGACCUGAACAACAUCAGCAGCGUCAUCAAAGAGCGGACUGUCGCUCAGAUCAAGUCGACAGUGAAGAGGAAACUGUACGAGGACAGCCGCGUUCCUCUCUCUGACGCUCACAAGAAACCCGUGAAGAAAGCACCUGCCCUGCCGCCCGCCACACCCGCCGGAGCCAUGGCCGCACCCGCCACUCCCGCCUCGGCCCCGCCCCAACCCCCGCAGGUCACGCAGCCCGCCCCCUCCCUCGCCCCUCCACCGAUCAAGAAGCAGAAGACGGCAGACGUGACUCUGAGCGCGCUCAACGACGCCGACGUGAACUCUGACCUUGUCGACAUCGAAGGACUCGAUUCCAAAAAACUCAACUUCGACCAAGAAUCUCUGAACCUGGACUCCAGCCUCAUCAUGAACUCCAGUGACCUCCCGCUGCUCUCCCGCUGACCUCUGACCUCUGAUGUGUGGCUCUGCUCUACAGGGCCAAACAAAACGAUUCCUUUACGUCAGCUCUUGUACAGCUCUUUUCUGAUUGGCUGCGGUCAAAUGGACUCGUAGUUUUAAUUCAGUACUUUAUUUCCUGGAUGCUACUGCAGUGGGCCUGGAGGUGGCGCUGGUUUAUUUAUCCUUUAGUUUGUGUUUGUCAUAGACCCCAUUGAGUCGUGUUGCUUCACUCCGCAGCUCUGUCCAGCCCAGAGGAGCCACAUGGACCAUUGUUCAAAAGAGUCAUAUAUUUGAGUGUCAUGUUUUUUAAUAAAAACUAAAGAAAAGUCAAA